AUGAAGGAGUACUUUUGGAGGGAGAAAUGGAAUUUGGAGGGAGACGGUAAUACUGCCUACUUCCAUCGUGUCACUAAAAUCAAGCACAAGCUGAAGCCUAUCUCAUUGCUUAUGCACAAUGAUAGGGAUAUGAGCAUGGUGGAUGAUACCAUCCCUUUACUGGUUGAUGACAAUAUGAACGUCAUUCUCACGAAGUUGCCUUCUUUGGAUGAGAUUUCUUCUGUUGUUUUUAUUUUGAACAAAGAUGGUGCAUCGAGUCUGGAUGAUUUCAGGCGAUCACUUCUCACAGCUACUGUUUUGACUGGCCGAAGACGUCUUCUUAGCAUGAGGAUUCUUCAGUUAGUUUCUUCCAAUAGUUUGAACCUUAUCACCAGUUUGAAUAAUCUCAUAAUCCCUUCUCACAUCCUUUACACAAAUGAUGUUUUUAUUUUCUACAAAGUGGUCAAUUGUGGGAAAUCUUGCAUUUAUGGUGGUGCCAUGUCCAACUCUCGUCUCAAUAUUCUUGGCGCUCACUCGGGUUUCCAAAUUUGUCUUACUCCUUUCUUGUAUCUCUGGGUUCCGUUUUUCAAAGGUAGGAUGAAGCUAGUUAAAUCCACAAUCCUUGGGAUGCUUAAUCAUAACAUGGCUAUCUAUGCUUGUCCGUUUUUGUUCCUUUGUGAUAUUGAAAGGGCAGUGAGGAUGUUUUUUUGGAGUGGUGAAACUUCUAAAAACAAGUUGGUGAUCAUGGCGUGGAACAACAUUUGUAAGUCGAUUGCUGAAGGCAGACUUGGUAUUAGAUCUCUCUUCAAUUUAAAUGAAGUAUCAAAUUUGAAUCUUGCUUGGGAUCUUUGCAACUCUUCGGGCAGCUGGUUAGCUUACGAAUUCAAAAGAAAUAGAGGCACUACUUUGGAUUAUUGGAAAUGGAUAUGGAACAAGUUUAAUCCUCCUUGCUGGCCAGAUAUUUGGAGAUUUCUUGGAACAAUGUGUAUUAUUCAUAGUAAGGUCAUCUCUAAAGUAGCUACCAUCUUCACUCUCAACUCGAUUUGGAAGGCUCAAAAUCUAGUUAUAUUCAAUGAUACUUCUACUACUUUUUAUUCUUCUACUUUUUUUACUAUGGUUGUUGUUUCCGUUGCCGAUAAUUCCAUUGUUGUUGGUCCUCAUCUUUCUUUACAUGAUUUUGAGAUCCUUAAAAGGUUUAAGGUGACUAUCCGUCCGUCUCAUGCAUCGAAUAUUUUGGAGUUUUUUUGGCAGCCCCCUCCAAGGAAUUGGAUAAAGUUUAAUUAUGAUGGUGCCUCCAAAUCCCCUUCUGGAUCUUUGGCUUAUGGGGUCAUUUCUAGAGACAAUGGUGGUUCUUUUUAG